UAUAUAUAUAUAUAUAUAUAUACACACACACACUAGUCCAGGCUCUUGAUAUCUCAAAACUGGACUACGGCAACUCACUACUCCCGGGCCUCCCGGCCAGUUCCAUCAACCCCCUUCAAAUGAUACAGAAUGCUGCAGCAUGCCUUGUCUUCAACCAGCCCAAGAGAACAUGUCUUCCAUGACGGCUGAAGUCUAAUGUUUAUAUUCUAUAUCUUUAGCAGACUAUGGCUUUAAGACAAACUAACACCGAUUGUUUCAUACACCACACCAGAGAGGUUAAAUGCCUUUGUUCAAUACAAAUGUUCUUUUCCUUUUAUGGUGUAGGCGGCCGUGUUACGACAUGGUGGUUUUGCAUUCACGUCAGUGAAUCAGGAAGCAGUCCUUUGGCGUGAUUCCUCGGUUGAGAAGACUUUAAAACGUUUGUUUGUUUUUUUUAAACAAAAUGGAUGCAAGUUUCUAUUUUUAUUCUAGGCGGCUCAAGUUGCUGAUUGAAGAUCCCGUUCCUUACAUCAAAGAGGGUGACCCUUCUGCCUCAUGCCUGUUUAUCAAUACUUGUGUCCCAGACUCAAUUAUAGCUGCUAAUCAUACAGCGUCCAUCAAAGAUCUAACUGUAGAAGAUCUCUUAAAUAAAGAUGACUUUUUCAACAAGUUGCUGUCUUUGUUAAAAGAAAAAAAAUAUAUUGAGGCUCGAAAGCACUUUGUGAAAGAGCUGCAUCCGGAUAAAAUUAACCUUUUUGGCACUGUUAAAGAUUAUUUACCACUGUUUGAUAAAUUGGCAUGUGCAGAAAUAACUUACAAUCAAAAUCCUCCAAAUGACAGCGCCAUCUAUAAAGAAAUACCCAGCAUACUUAAAAAAUGUGGUGACGUAAUUGUUUUGGGCAACCCAUCUGAUCCUACUCUACUUCUGGUUCAUCGUGACGUUAACAAUGCUCUGUACCGAGAUUAUAAGAGUACUGAACCGCCACUCAGUGUCGAUGAUGAGAAGAAAAGGACCUUUAUGCUUCAGUUUUUGCUGCUUGGGAAAGAAGAGCACAUGACUACCUGUUUCAGCUCCUUCGACGGCAUGUGGCAUCUAUAUGACAACGAUCCAAGAAAGCCUUCAUUUCAGCCUUUCGACCUUGAGAGUCUGAAAGACUAUGAUAUUUGUUUGGCUGGAUACGUCAACAUAAGCCAAGAGCAGGAAUGUAAACUUGGCGUUGCUGAGACUGGAGUAGGAGCAAAACCUCACUUUUCACAUUUAGAGAAAGCGCAAGAGGAUCCAUCCAGAAACUUCUAUCCACAACAGUCAGUGGUAGAUGUAGAAAUGGAAGAUCUGAGCGGUACCAUCUCUUACUCUGUAGCUGAUACUGGAGGCGGGAGACUGGGAGCAAAGCCUUUUAUAGAGGACACAGAAAUGCCAUCCUGCAGCAGCUCUGAUUCGGAUUAAAUAGACAGGAAUUUUUAUUUUAUUUCAUUUUUUUUUAUCACUUGGCAUUGUUAUAUAUUGUUAUUUUACUUUGUUGCUUUUUUUUUUUCCAUCAGUUAGGUGGGAAGGACCCCAAGUCUGCUGGGGGGGCCUGGACCUCUUUAUGUUGAUUUUAUGAUUUGCUGCCUAGUCAACGUGUUUUAUUGCUCUGUUUUGUUUCAAUAAAAGUUGUGUCUUUCC